AGUCACUCAGUCAGUCGCAACAACACGCUCACUGAGGUCGGCAGCACAAAGCAGAGUCGCUCUCUAACCAGCCUUAACACACACUCACACUCAUGCACACACACACACACUUUGAGACUAGACACACACCUCCUCAGCGACGCCCGGAGAGCUGAAGAAAAACUGAGGAGAGAGAGUAGGGGAGGAGGAGAGGAGAAGAUAAUAGAAGAAGAAGGAGGAGGAGGUGCAGAUUAUCAGGAAAACACUGAAAUAAGGUAAGAUAUCUUUAAUGUUGUAGUUGUUUUUUUCUGUCUGUGAGCAGUUUGCAUUUUCUUUCAACACUUUAAGUCCCUACACUUAUAUUUUUAUUUCAAUCUAAAGUGAGCACUAGUGUAGAUGUAGGAGUAAAACUGCUUCAUUUUAGUGCUUUUAGGUUUUACAUGUAGAGAAAAACGAACAAGGUGAAGCUCCUUUAUUAAUGUGAAUGAACUUGCUGCGAUCUGUGCUGGCUGUACUUAAACUUUAUGGGUGAUGUAGAGGAGAAAAGAAGAUGGUCUACAGAGGAAAAGUUUUACAAUCUUAUAAAAACACUUCUGAACAUCUCAGAGACUUAAACUAAGGAGAUUCUAGGACUCGUGCACACGAGACACGAGACAGAUUUGAUGACUUUUGUGGCUAGCUGAGGUUUUACACCAACAAAGAUUUAAAAUGAGUAAUUUAGGUGUAUUUAUUCCAUGAGACUAGGAGUCUAAAAAAGGUUUAGUAAAAGAGACUGAAAUUGAUAUCGAGCUUUGGAAGAAUCAAUCAGAGUUGGACUGGUUACUUCAGUAUUGUUCUUACUUAUGCCUUAAACAUGCUUCAGGGUAAGUGUAAGAUAAAUGUUUAACAGCAUGCUGCAGAGAUAUUUGCAGAAAACGUAGACUCAGUUCAGAGUCACCAGAUUGACUACCGGUCUUGCAGUCUAAAGCACUUGUAAAUAUGAACAUGAGUAGAUAUUUGAACUUCACAUCAAUCUUUCUUUCUGAAACCAGCAUGUGGUUUUGGAUGCUCGCAUUAAGCAUUAGUUUGUGUCUCAGAUGUGUUGUAACGUGUAUGGUGUGCACAAGAAGACAUUAUUAAGUCUAUUACCAUUUUGGACUUGGCUAGGUUGGUACCUAACAAAGUCAAGUAGUUUUUGUCUGCAACCUAACCUAAUAUCAUGCAACAUAAUGUAUUGUCAUGUCUUGUAACAUAUUGUAACUUUACGUAACAAAACAUAAGAAAAUUUGACGUAGCAAUUAUCUACGGUAACAGAACAUAAGGUAAGGUAACUAAGGGUAACACAAUGUAACCGAAGGUAAACAUCCCAUAGCUGGAUGUUACGCAACAAAUCCUAGUGUGCUGUAACCAUAGACCGUUUUUAUACUAUGGACAACUUGGUUCUGCCUCCCACCUGUAUACGGAUUUGAAGCCAGAAAGCUCUCGGUAAUUCCGCGUUUUUCUCCAUUUACCGAAACCACCACUUGCGCAGUAGCGAUGUACGCAUUCAGCGGGAGAGUCGCUAGGAGUCACUGCGAUGACACUCAGCUCAAACAUCGUAUCCCUCGGGUGAGCUACGCAAUCCUUGUACGCCCAUAGGCUUUAUCAAGUGUCAAUCAUAGAAAAACAUGAACCCCCUAAUAACUUUGAAAAAUGGAGCUGUACAGAAAAAAGAGGACUUGAGCACAAACCAGUCUUACUGGUUUAAACAUAAGGUAACUUAACUUAGGGUAACUUGACUUGUCAAUGGCGGGGAAAUGAAUUAGGAUAACGUGACGUAACUUUGGUAACGCCAUAUAUCUUAUUGUAAUGUUGUGACGUAAUGCAAUGUAACGUAACAUGACAUGGCAUUAUGUUAUGCAAGAAAAUGUAACACAACAUCAAUGGUAGCGUAACAUAACCUUUUGUACCAUAAUGUAACACAAUGUAACAUUAUGUUGUUCAUUGCAACAUAAAAUAAAUUAACGCAUUAUGUAAUGCAACAAAAUAUAACAGAGUUGUAGUGUCAUGUAGUACGACUCAAUACAAUGCAACAAAAAAUUAUGUUCUAAGUAAUGGCAUGUUAAAGGUUGGUUAACUCAUAUUUAUCGCAUAUUAAAGGUUUUCAUACUAGUGGCAUACUUUUCCAAACCACACACAAUAGUUUGAUCCUGUCCAAACUUUCCAAUUUUACAACCAGAGUCAAGUGUGGAAAUCUGUCUUGCUCCAUUCAGUCUCAUCAUCUUCAUUUGAGUUUUUUUUCUGGUGUAUACAUAUAGUUUUAUUAAUUAGAUGAUAGUCAUGCUAAGUCCAAGUUUGACUAAAUCCUAACUAUACUGUUGUAAAAAUCCCAAUAUACUGUAUAUAUGUAUUUUUUAUAUUUGUUUUGUUGAGUUUGUCUUAGUUUUGUAAGGCACACUUAGUCUUUUACAAGGCAGAAAAGUUUCAUUGUCAUUGUCUAAUUUGGUCUCCGAGCAAAUACCAAAAAUCGAAAGUCCUCUUUUGAUGUGCAAAUUUUGGCAUUAUGGUGAAUUGGAUACCUCCCUUUAAAUCACUGCAAAAAAAGGUUAUCUGGCAACAGAUAAAAAAAAAAAUCAAUCAUCUUGCAGACGUGUUGUCUACUAAUUUACAGCAUGAUUUAACCGAACUGUGAACAUUAACAUUAGAGCUAAAACGAAGCCGCAGCACUUAUCUCGACACUCCCUCCUGAGUAAUCGGUAAAGUGGGUCUGCAGCAUGAUCAACGGUACCUCUCCUCUCUUUACUUUUCCUCUUGAGUGUCUGAGGUGCUCAGACGGGCUGUAAAGAGACGAAACAAGCCGAGCAGAUCCAGGUCAGAGAGGCUGCAGGGGGACAGACAUGCUGUGUUUUGUGUUUUUGACCUUCAGCGUGUUUUUAAAGAGCUGAUGUGAGCAGACGAAGAGGAGGAGGAGGAGGAGAGAAAGAGAGCUGAGGGAUGAAUGGAUUCAUUGUCUUUUGUGUUUGUGUGUAUGUGCGCUGAACGAGGGGUGUGUGUUUUGUGUGUCUAAAAACAAACAGUGAGCAAUCAGUAUCAUGUGAGAAGUUAAUGUUACACUGAGAUGUGGAUCAUCUGAAGAACAAAGGGAUCACUCUAUGAAUCAUACUCAAAGGUGUAUUCAGAAUUGGCUUAAUGGUUUUAAAUAAGCCACAAACUCCCCAGAACAAAGAUAUGUCCAAUAAUAGACAGGUUUUUUGGCCACUAGGAGGCAACCAGAAGAAGUUAUAAGCAUAAACACAAAUAAAAGUCUGAAGAGGAAAGAUCCAGAGCACAUAAUGCGUUUAAGCAGUUUUAUUAGCAAAGUAACUGACGUACAGGUGUCCUCCUCAGAGUCAAGACACGUGUAGUGUCGAAACGUCAGUUUACUUGCUAAUUACUGCUGGAUCUUACUAUUCUUGCCUACACUGUGACGCACCGAUCCUGCAGUGUUCUUCAAGCCGAAGCGCAAGACUGUCUCCUUUUGUUGGACAAAUGAAAGUCUGUUUAGGGUCAAAGUACUUUGUGUGAACAUCUCCAUCAGAAGGUAAAGUUCUGGUAUGACCUAUUCCAGUGAAGACAGGUGGAUUAUGCCGUCUGUUGUUUGUGUCAUUAUGCAUGUUAACACUUGGUUCGAUUGUUUCUUAGUAGUGAGGUAAACCAUCUCUCACGGCACAUUCCCGCUUUUUGUUAUGUGGCGAAUCAUGGUGCCACAUGACACGGUGCAAUGCCACGUUGUGUGCAGUGGGAUUGUUCAGCGCUUUAAUGGUUGAAUUAGGGAAGAUGAAGAAGUACAACAUCAAAAGUUACAAAUGCAAAAUAGGGGGAGAAUAAGAUUUGCACAUUACCAUGGCAAGGUAGGGAUAAUAUACAGGGAGCAGAUGAUUAUGCUAAUUAGAACCCCUUCAGGGUACGACAAGACCCUUAUCACUGGGCUCCUGUCGUCCCUGUUGGGCAUUUAUUAAAAAUAAUCAUCUGCUCAUCAACGUGCAUUGUCAUGCUUAUUACCCGGCUGCAAACUGAAGCUAUGAACGACAGAAAAUUUUUAAUUUGAAGAUAAUUUAUUGAUUUGAAAAUGGAGUAUAUGUGGUUUAGCUGACAAGUCAAAAGUAAAAGGUUCAUAUCAAACUGACAAAGCACUACUCCAGCUACUUCAUUCGUGCAACGUCUGAUUUUAUUCUCAUCAAACAGCUCUGUUCUGGUCGUUAGGGUCUUUGAUGCUGCUCUCCCUGCCUUAGCUUUUCAUCUAUGCACAUGAAAUUAAAGGGAAGUGUGCUCCCACUGCUGCAGCUAGAAGGACAGGGAGCUCUCAGAACAGAGACCUGCCAAAAAAGUAUUGUUUGACAGUAACAAAUACUUUAAAACGUGCAUCUGACCCUGUAAAGCUGGAAAAUUUGACCCUAAUUUUACACAGAUUUUCGUAUCCCAAAAGUGAUGAAACCUCCAGUGCCACUUGACAUCAUUGCUGAAUGGGGCAAUUAACACUAAGUGGUUUUUACAAAAUGUUUGAGAUGGUUGAAAUAAAACACGCUAAUUUCUCAGAGCGCCCCUCUUAGGGCCUCCAGGGAGAAAUCAAACAAUGCCUCAUACAUGCAUCACUUCUUAUUACAAAUUAAAAGAAUAAACCAGAGUUAUAGGACAAUCAAGAAGAGUUAAAGUGCUCAGUAAAAGAGGAUCCCAAACCGCCAAAGCAAUUAAAACCAGAGAUGGCGAAGAGGUUAAAUCAAUUACAAAGUGAUUGGGACAUAAAAUACUGUCGAUAAAAUGCAGACAAGCAAAGCAGCAGUGUAAACUUUCCUCCUCAAAGUGAUUUCAUGGUCUUUCAGAGCUUCUUUCUCCCCUUCACACUGUUUGGUAUUUACCUCUAAAUGGAAUCAGAUUAAUUUCCCCCCAAAAACAGAUUAAGAUUAUGCUCUUACAGAGAUUCACAGCUAUAAAUCCACGUUAAGACAAAAUCCUUAAUUCUGCUGAAAGCCAGCACCCUGGGGCCUGCAGAGAGGAAGAGAUGUAGGUUUUUAAAAACUCUACUUAGACAUAUUCUCUGAAAGUGAGGAGGUGCAUGGGGGAGGAGAGGGGAAGGGAGACAGUGAUGGUGGCGAAUUAGGGACGUAAUCUGAUGCAAAUAUGGCGAGACAGCGUGAAUGAGAGCAAAGAGGAUCAGAAGUUAAAUGGAUUUUUGGUAGAAAAUUAGGAACAUGCGACAAUUUGAGAGCGAGAUAAGAGCCAGAGAACGACUCUGACAAAGAUAUUGUGUCAAAUCCACAGGCGAGUGUGUGUAAGUGCGUGUGUGUGUGUGUGUGUGUGUGAGUACAUAAUUGUGUAUUGGGGGGUCUAUGCCACCUUGGUAGCAGAGUACAUUAUGGCUGUUUGGGCACAUUAAGGGGCAUUAGCUGGAGGAGCAGCCGUGAAUAAUGCAUGGGCUUUAUUUAUGAGCAGAGUGCAUACGUCCUCUGAAGCGCACUGAACCAGGGACACACACACAGACACACACACAAACACAAAAAGUCAUUCCCUUUCCAUCAAUCUGUCACUCUACGAAAAUCCCCAAAUUUGCCAAAAUGGCAAAACCGGUGGCUUGCGCGUGCAUUUAUUUAUUAAUGUAUGUGUGUGACUAUCAGAGAAACCUUCACAUUCAGACAUCAAAAGUGAGGCAGACAGACAGUCGUGCGUUCUGCUGAUGGGUCCUCAGGUCCAACAGUGCUGCCAAUGAGCCUACACAUCUCACUCACACUCUUAUACACACACCCACACACACAUAAACUCAAGCAGUUCACUUGGAGCGGAGUCAUAGACUCAGACUUCAGACAAUCCAAACUUUUAAGCUUCAUUACCAUGAUUAUCUUCACUCAGGAAGUUCUGCAGCCUCACCUGUUAGUGGACGAUUCUGCUGUAAGGGAGAUUUAGUUUGACAUCAGCUGUCGCAAAAGUUACCGGACAGUCAGAUCAGACUCAUCAUCAGCAGGAGUUUAUUUUUAACUACGGGAAGGUGAUUUAAGGUGAGCUGAAUGCUGCUCUGCUGUCGCAUCACUGUCAGAUUAAUGCAAGGUGAUAACUUAUGUGCAAAAAAACAAUAUUGAGUUUGUCACUCAUUUUGCAAAAACACUUAAGUACAAGUUGAGAGAGCAGAAUCCUCGAAAGCCCUUUCUGUACAAGCUUUGCAGAGUUCACACAUCACUACAAGCAAAGCUAGCAUAGCUGUCUGCAUGGCUGCAGUUAAAAAUAACUGUACAAACAGCGCCGAGGGAUGAAACACAAACUCCAGCCUUGGUAUCAGCGGCUUCACAUUUAAUUGCUAGAUGUUGUCAUAGCCCGGCUCGUGGAGAAUUUUUAAUGACUUAAAGCUCCUGUGAAGAUUUUUUGAGUUUCUCGAAAUAGGCUUAAACUCAUUUUGAUACCUUUUAAUGACAAAUAAAAAAACAAGACCAUUAGCAACAAGAUUGCUAGUUUAUAUGAUGUAAUUUUGAAUGCUUGAAACCAGUAGGAGGGGGGUAGGUGUCAGCCGAACGCCUGAAGAAACAGCCCUGUAUUUACUUUCAGUAUUUGACUUUGUAAUGACAAUCAGAUGAAAACUGCUCAAAAGACGACAACCAGCAGACUAUGUCCGGAAGGAGUUGGUUGUCAUGUCAGCCAGACAGCUAACUUGUUUCAUCAUCUGAGAGAGAACCAUCCCAUAGAAUAUGAAGAGUAUGAAAAGCUAUAGGGGUUAGCAGCAUACCACUACUUUAAUAUGUGGGGUAUAAUGUUGUCCACAGGGGGCGCCAGACUCAACACACACAUUUUCCAAGAAAUAAUCAUUAUUAGUAAAACCUCCAGUCUCAAAAAUUGAAACUAAUUUGGAAAUGCAGUUUUAUUUGGGAAGAAGUGCAUUUUUUCAAACUGCAGGUCCCUGUGAGUCCAGAACAUGAAGACUAAAACAGUGACGUGUUCCCACAGGUGUUUAGUUUGGUCUAUUUCCAGGAUGUCAAGCUGUUUAAAGAGCUGGGCAGGAGGUCAGUGUUAAUUGUGUUUGUGAAACCUCGGGGUAGAAGUUCAUCAGCCUGGCAGCUGCUCGCACUGUCAGGGUGAAGGUUCACAGUGACACCAGCACACGUACACACACACACACAAUAAAACAAGCACACGCACACACACAAACAAGCGCACAAAAACAUACUGAUGCACGCUCAUACACAAACAUACACACUGUCAAGGCCAUCACACUUCAGCAGCUCAGAGGUGACAAGAACUCCUGGUGAAAGCCAGAUGGAGGGAGGCGGUGAGACGCACACACAUACAUACACACAUACACAUACACACACACGUGCACACACAUGCAGUUAACUGUAGUUUGUGUCAACAUGAUACCACUUGUUCUCUGGCCUAGACCUGCAGGUGAGGACCUAAUUUUAGUUUUAUUCACAGUAAAAGAGUUGGUGCAAAUCUCAACACAAGUCUCACACUCGUAUCAGGGUAGAAACACCUUUACAUGGAUGUCAGAGGGCCAGAUUAACUCAGUCUCAACAUCGCAUGGACAGUUCAACAAACCGCAUGUAAAAUUAGUGUGCAUUUAGCUGGUGAUCAACUAGGAGUAACUGUAUAAAUGAAAUCAAGAAGAGGCAUAAGUAUUUCAAUUAGGUUUCACCUGUUUAACUGGUUUACAACAUGUAGAGUGCAGACAGAAAGCAGUCUGACAACCAUCACAAUUUUUGCUGUUUUCCCUCUUUAAUGCCGUCAUUAUGCUCUGCUGUAAAGGUGAAGUUACUUACAAGAAUACCCUCCAAACCUACUCCUCAAACAACCCUGAAAUGUGCCAAAAUCAGCAGGUACUCUUGCUGAGUCUCAAGAUUACCUUGUGCAAAUAAAGAAACAGUUUGCAGCUCCUGUAAAUGGACCGUCAUCCAUCGCACAUGAGGUGAAAGCUGUGUCCUCUAUGGCAUGGGUGCUCAAGUAUGACUCUAGGGCCAUUUUCAAACCAGACAGCUGGACAGCGCUGUUUCUGGUCUGAAAAUGGUCAUAAAUACUUUGGCAAUAGGGAUCCAAGAUGAGGUACAAGAAAUGGUGAGGACUCUAUAUCUUCCUUGCACUUGAGGAAAUAUGCCCCUUGGGCUUAAGUUUGAUAUAGGAGGUUGGAUGAGGCCAGUAAGUGCAGUGGUCUGAUCUAGUGCUGGUAGCUGGCAUAGCAGUGACAGCCAGGUAUGUAAUUUGGGCUUGAGUUUUGUUUCCGCAACGUUAUGGAUAGAUUUGGCAAACUGUGCUAACUCAGUCGACAGUGAUUCGCUCUGCUUUGGCACGCAUGUUGGAUGUAUUAGACACCACCUGACUCACUGUCGUCAUUUGUAAACUUCAGUACUUGUCAUAAAGGAUUUGGCAAAAGUAUAAUUUUAUCGCAUGCUAUCAGUUGAGGUUAGACAUUUCAAAGGAGGGUGUAAUGCAUGCUUUUGUACCCUUGUCGAACUGUGCCUCGAUCAUCAAACUCUAAUAUCUGUCAAACUCUCGUCUCAUCAUUCUGAUGGUGUUCACCUCCUGUGCCCCCCUUCCUUCUGGUGUUCUGCCAGUUAAAAUCAAUCAGUCCAAUCUCCAGUAUCGAUCUGCUUCCUACAGCUCUGGCCCCCUCCCAAAGUUUAAGGAACAAAUCAAGGUGAAGGGGGAAAACAACACAGCUGUGGAGGGACGGACUCUGGUUUUGAUUUGUGGGGUGACCUUGAUAAGUCCCAGACUAGAGGAGGGAGCUCACAUCGCAAGCUGGGUGGCAAUGAGAGAGUGUGUGUGGUUAGAGAUGGCUCUCAUUAAUUCCCAGUCUCUGACAAAGCCUGAGGACUUGAGGACUGUGUGUGUGUGUGUGUGUGUGUGUGUGUGUGUGUGUGUGUGUGUGUGUGUGUGUGUGUGUGUGUGUGUGAGACAAAGAGGAAGUGGGUGGUGUGUGUGGGUUAAGUAGGAAGGCAAUGAAGCCAUUUCAGAGUCAUAAAGCACUUGGUCAAUCAAAACCGCCCCCCGCCAGGCACCUCAUGUCAUCAAUUGUGUGUGUGUGUGUGUGUGUGUGUGUGUGUGUGUGUGUGCUGGUGUAAUGUUAAUGUUAGGCAGAGUCUGCAAGUGUGGCCUUGUGAAUAUUUUGUGUGUAAAUGCAAAAAAACUUUAGUGCAUGCAUAUUUGUGAUUCUGUUUAUGCAGAGGAAGUAGUUGUGUGUGUAUGUGUGUGUGUGAGUUGGUGUGUGUGUUAAUUUGAGGCAAGGUCAAGCGUGUGUAUGCAUAAGUGAUGGAAUGCAAAGAGUGAAAGAGUGAGUGUGUUCAAAGUGUAGUCUGUGCAUCAAUGCUUGUACGAGUUUGUGUGCACUUCUUGUUCGUGAGAAGCCCUGUCUGCAAAAGUGUGUGUGUGUGUGUGUGUGUGUGUGUGUGUGUGAGUGAACGCAAAAAUGAAAGGGCGGCAAAGAUUGUGCAUGUUGUAGUUUGUGUGUAUGCUUGGGUGCUAGUUUGUAUGUAUGUGCGUGUAAACUUGUGAGAGAGAAAAAAAUGAGGAAGAGUAAAUGUUGUUGCAUGCAUGAUUUUGUAUCUACAAGUGUGUGUCCAUGUGUGUGAGUAUUCAUGAGGAUUUUGGAGGACAGUUUAGCAGACCUGUUUUUUUCCAUGUGUCUGAUAAUGCAAUGCUGUGUCUACAUUGUCAACUAGUGUGUGUGCAUAUGUGUGUGUAACUGACUGCAACAAGACAAAAUUUUGUUUUGGUUUUAAGGUAUGUGAGCAAAUCAGUCUGUGCAAUUCUGUGUUUGUGUGUGUGUGUGUGUGUGUGUGUGUGUGUAGGAAAAGGCAGAGUAGAGUUUGUUUUUGUGAAUUCAAGGGAAUAAGUCUGUGCUGUGGUGUGGGAGAAUGAUGUGACUGUGUGUGAAUAUGCAUGUGUACAUUAGUGUGUGUGUGUGCGUGUGUGUGUGUUUGGGCUGUGCACUGAGCCAGUCUGGAGAGUCAGUGGGAUAUUUGCUCACAGGGAGAAAGAAGAGAAAAAGAAAGAAAGGAAGAGAGAAACACCGCCAGUGGAGCUCAGCUAUAACAGUCACGGAGCAGAUGCAGUGAUUAGGGUGUAAUUUGUUGGUCUACAUCCCAAUGUGUAAGUGUGUGUGUGUGUGUGUGUGUGUGUGUGUGUGUGUGUGUGUGUGUGUGCAUACAUGCGCAUUUCCUUUUCUCUCAGUGAGUCAGAGUUUCUGUCUAAUUUGUGGUCACUGCAGGACUCUGUCCAUUUGGUGCUUUCUGUUCCACUUGCUGGGUCAGUUCCUAUACAACUUACAAAUAUUUCAAUCAAAGAGUCGUGCAACUUUGCAAAAAAUCCAACAGUUUGCACAAAGCAUUAAUUAAGUGACAGAAAACCUUCCCUUUGUGUUUAUACAUUUACACAAACUUUAAAGGUGUUUUUUUAGGCUUCAAGCUGCUUUGUGUGUAAACAGAAAUGCACCCAUUCCUAAAACUGCCAUGAUACAGCAUUUUCUGAGGUAUUUAUGUGAUAUUUUGCUGCAGUUUUUCAAAGAAAUUGAAUUUAUUCUGCAGAAGUGUGUUUAAAUUAAUAGUUUCAUUUCUUGUGACUCAGAAAAAGUCUUUUGUAUUGUAGAACCAGCGGGUCCUUGCUCAGGAGGCUGCCAUGUUUCACUGUCUGGCUGUGUGUCUGUGUCAAGACACCUAUCAGACUAAUCGCCCACUUUAGCCAAAAAAAAAAAAAGAAGAUAAACCCCCACCAGCAGCCAGCUCGCUUCAUUACUGUCACUGUAGGGCAGCGUUUGGCCAAACAACACACCAACUGUGUCAUCAUCUGGAAGCACCUCCACCCUUAUUCUCCCACUCUUCCUCUCUUUUUUCCAUCCUCCCCACUUUACUAAUAAUCAUUCCCUGGUGGUUACAGUCCAGGUGAGAGAUCCAAACAAUCGUUGCCAUGGUUAGCUAGCAGCAGGAGCCCAAGCACACUUGCCUGGUGAUGCUGGUACAUCGGGAUGAUUCUCCCCUCUUUUUCAUCAACACCAUCUGCUUUUACCCCUCCUCUGUCGUGUUUAUUUUUUCUCUUUGUUUACAUUGUGUAACCCAGAAAAAAUAGAGAUCAGGACCCAGAUAAUAUUUGGGCUCGCUGGGCCGUGAUGAUAUUGACCAGACACAACUUGCUUGCCUCCAUCUGUCGGCUUGCCCUCGCUCCAGACGCUCACACGCACAUGAGCGCGACGGUCAAACCACAGAAUUAACCCAAAAAAGGAAACAAAUCGAUGGUGCAUGCUGCCCCCGAGCUUCUGACCCUGCCAAUGUGUCAGAAAGGAUGCGCCCUAAUCCUCCAGCAUAGAGCCCCCCUACCCCAAUAUGGCACAUAGACACAUACAGACGCACACAAACACACUAACACACACUCACUGACAGUUGGGUUAAAUCCGCUCUGACGGGUCAGUCUCCUCUCACUGUCAGGCCAAGCUGUCGGGGUCACUGUCACUGUGAGAGAGGCCACAUAUGUUAUGUCUGUGUGUGUGUGUGUGUGUGUGUGUGUGUGUGUGUGUGUGUGUGUGUGUGUGUGUGUGUGUGUGUUAGGAUGAAGGCAGCAAGGUGGGGAUGGUGUGAAUUAAGCUCAGUGUGAGUGUGUGGGACCCCUGAAGCUGAACUCAAACAACACUUUCCUCCUGUGGGCUGUUUAAAGGACACAGUAAAUCUUAAUUUAUAAAGCACCAAUUCACAACAUGUGUUAUCCCAAAGCUGGUCUAGACCAGGAUCUACUUACAAAGACCUAAUGUAAAGAGAGGAUCAGAUUGAGCCCCAUCUCCUAAGGUCGGACACACUCAUCUUCAACCACAUGCAGGUUACAGAGGAGAGGGCAAACUUCCUUUAACAGGCAGAAACCUUGAGUAGAACCAGACUCAUGUAAGACAGUCAUCUGCCAAGACUGCAUUGGGUUUAAAGAGGGGAUAGAGGAAGAUGCAACUAUUAUACAGCCAUCAGUUUUACUCAAACUAACAUUCAUGUAAAGUAUGUAGAUAAUCAUCAAUUCCCAGAUGAGUGGAGGUGCCACAGCUCUGCUAAUGUUGAUGAAAGAAGUAACAGAGUGAUAAAUGCAUGAGUGCGUUAGCUCCUGCAUCCUUUUUCCAACCAUAAAUAAACAGCAUUGACCCCUAAACUCGAUCAAACCCAUGAUUUCACAGUAAUGACCAAGCACCACAAGGCUCAUAACAUAAUUGGCUUGAGCCAGGUGCAAACACACACACACAUGCUAAAGUACACACCCCUCACAUGCAGACAUUAGUUUGAGUUCAUACAAUUGGGUCAACACCCCUUUAAAUUAGUGCAAAAUUUACAAAUACUCCCAGCAUGCUUCGCUUCUCUAUUCAACUCCCCCACACACAUAAUAUUAAUAUUCAUAAACUUUAAAACACACAAAAAAGCGCCCUGCAAACACACACACACACACAUUCCCUUGAUAAGACUGGGUUCCUUAAUCAGACUCCCUCUGCACACUUUGUGAUAAAACAACAACAGUUGAAUCCCCACGUUGCUCAGCACACACCCUUCACUCACUCAAACACACACACACACACACACACACACACACACACACACACACACACACACACACUAGCCAGCUUAUACACAUAUUAAACACACACCAAAGAGGCUAUAUAGCAUGCACAGUUUGGUGUGUGAUAUGGCUGACCCAGAUCUCAGAGCGUACCAGCACGACUGAAGAUGCAACGAGAAGGAGGAGAAGGGGAAUGAAGGGGGAGGUGUUUCAGGGUGUGUGUGUGUAUGUGUGUGUGUGUGGGGGGGUGUAUGUAUUAUGCAUGUGUGAGUGAAUAAAAUGAUGAGAGAGUGAAAGCCUGGUGGGUGUGGGCCGCUGGGCUGCACAGACAGUUUUUUUUUUCAAAGAGUCUAAUUUGAAAAGCGGCAGGGGGCUGAUGGGUAAAAGAUGGACAGACUUCGACAAAGGUCAGAGCCAGAAAGAAAGAGACAGAGAGAAAGAGAGAGAGAGACAGAGAGACAGACAGAAAUACAGACAGAGAAAGAGAGAGAUACAGGAGCCAACCAAUAAAGAAAAGCUGAAAUGACAUUGGCUGUACGUAUGUUUUUGAUUUCUUUUAUUCAAUGAAUUUGCAACAUCUGCCAUCUCAUCACCAUUGUAUUUACACACUGAACUCUACUACAGCAUAAUAUUGGUGUCCCAAUUUAUUUUCUUAGAGGCCUGGCUUGUAAACAUACAGCGAUAACAGUGGGAUACACACAAAGUCAGAUUUGCACCUACACACACAGUGCUGUUACGCCCUGUCUGCUCCAACACUUUGCUAUGCCGCCCUUCAGCUCUGCCCCCUGUUACUAACUCUGAUGGUGGAUCAGAGGCAGAACAACUUAGAAUGGCAGUAUGUCAGAGUCUUUUGUUACGGCAUACUUUGGGCCUGAUCCACUAAGAUCCCAAAUAAGGGGUGCUAAAUUACUUAUGCAAACUAAAAAAUUGCAUGUGCGAUCAGUGGGCGUGUUGCAGGUGAUCUACUAUCAUUGUGUGUGCAAUUGAUAACAGGUGUAAAAGCUACCGGCUGUCACCAUGGAGAGUUUGUGAGAGCACGGUGGUCGUGGACAAAAAAUGAAGUUUGAAGCCAUGAAGUUGCACCUAUUGUCAUUUUUGGCACGCCAGCUACUCCAAAAAAGGCAAGACAAGUUUAUUUGUAUAGCACCAUUCAUACACAAGGCAAUUCAAAGCUUUACGGAUGCAAGAAAAUAUAUUAGAAAUAAAAAAAAGGAUUAAAACAAUUGAAAAUGAAUAAGACAAAGAGAUACAUUUUUUGACUGUUAUGUGUUUGACCUAAUUAUUUAUCAAAACUGUCAUUUACUAGAAAAUUCAAAUACUCUUUUAGACUCGGAGCUCCCAAGCACUCAGUCUCCAAGACACAACAGAACCCCAAGACUUAGCAUGUUUUGUAUCAUUUACUGUGUCCAGAGUGCGUAGGAACUGGAUAUACUUGCCAAUCCUUGUGACAUAGCAUUCAACACUUGGGACAGCAGACCAGAAAUACUACUCUAGGAGACGUGCUAACUGUGAUGGUGUGCGGGAAUGAUCCAGACGCAGGAAAAUGCAGUGUUACGAGGAGUUUUUCAGUAGGAGAUGUGACAUGGAUCAUUUUUGUGACUGGCUUCAAAUCAGCCCUAAGUCACCCAGCAGCUCAAAAAUGACAUUACCCUUGCUAUCACUCUACUAUUUUUAUUUCUGACAGUCCAAAUAUGUUGACACACACACGGAAGUCUCUCUCUCUGUCCGUCAUCUAUCAUUACACUUUUGCCUCCUUCUUCCCGCAAUGACCGUAGCCAUUUGUGUGUAGCGCUGUGCCAGUUUGCACGUUUGUGCACAGUUUGCACAAACGCUUUCUGGAUUUGAUAAAUUACAUUGCAGGUGCUAAAUGAUUUCAUUUGCAUCUGCUCCUCACAGAAUUUUGCACGUUCUGAUGAUCUACUUACAUUCUGUAUAUUCAUGAAGGCAAACACGCUACAUCGAUUGUGCAUGCUGUUUUGCUCAUUUGACAGAUGCAAUCCUUACAGCACCCGGUUAAUAGAUCAACUUUGCAUGCCCUAUCAAGUUUGCACGUGUUUUUGAACACGCAAACCUUUAGUAGAUCAGGCUCUUGGACCAGUAGGCCAUCGGUGCCCCAUAGUAUCGCAAUUUUAAAAGAGUGUUAAUUUUAGUGUCCACCACAGUGUUUCUAAUGCUAAAUUGCUCCCAGGUUUGCAAUUUGCCAUAAAUUGUGCUCAGUUCAAAACAGUGGUUGUGUUGUAUGAAGUGUCUACCUAAGAGGGUUUUGUCACAAAUUCCUGAAUGUCAGCUGUGGUUCAAGGGAAAAAAAACUGGCUUUUAUUCAAGUUGAUACUGUAAUUUAUCUGAAACUCGUUGCUUUUCUGGUAUCACAAGGAUAUAAUAUUGACUAUGGCCUUUAAAUAUCUAAUUAAGUAUAUAAGACUGUUUUAAAGCUGGAAAGUGAGAAUAAAAUGUAUUGCAAUUUAUUGUUUGAUAUAAAAUUGCAUUGUUCCAUGUCGUGCUAUAAUGUUUCAUAUUGUUUUGUGACAUAUCAUGAUGUAUCAUGACUUAUAUCAUAUUGCAACACAUGAUACAUCAUAUCCUAUCAGGACUUAUUGUAUCAUGAUGUAUUAUAUCAUAUCGUAUUGUGAUGCAUUGUACUGUGAUAGAUCAUAUUGUAUCGUGGUGCAUCAUGACAUCCUGAUGUAUCUUGACGUAUUGUCAAUGAUGUUGUAUAUCAUAUCCGCAUGUAUUAUAUCGCUUCGUAACAUAUCCUGAUGUAUCCAAAUACUUCAUGACUUAUUGUGUCACGCCGUAUUGUAUUAUGUCAUAUCAUAUCGCAUCAUAUCUUGAUGUAUCAUGUGGUAUCAAUGACAUACUGUGAUGGAUCGUAUCACAUCCAAAUGUAUCAGGUAAUAUCAUAUCAUAUCGUAUCAUAUAUCGUGAGGUAUCCUAAUGUGUCCUGAUAUAUUGUGACAUGCUGUAUCAUACCAUAUUGUAUCAUGAUGUAUCAUAUCUUAUCAUAAUAUAUCGUGAAGUAUUGCAUCAUAUCGUUUUGUAUGGUAUCCUGUCAUUUCUUAUGUGGUUUCAUAUUGUAUCCUACAUCAUAUUGUAUCUUACUGGAUCUAGAUCUAGAAAUGAAAAUCAUAAAAAAGGUCCUAAGAUUAGUCUCCACACCCAAACCAAUGUUAAGUACUACACCUCUAUCACCAAAUAAAGAAACAGAAAGGAGGCCAGAGAGUGAAGGAGAGAAGGAUGAGUGAGGACUGAAUGGAAGGGGAAAGAAAUUGGAGGAGGAAGGGGAGAGUUUUAUCUGGCUCUCCCAGCCUCACUGAUUUGACAGGCUUGGCAAUCCAAGCCGUUUUACCAUGCGACCCCCUACUAGUGACAAUCUUCCUUGCUGCCUUACACACACCCUCCUGCAGAGUGCGCAUGCACACAUGCACACAUGCACACAUACACACACAAACACUCUAACGGUACCUCAGCCCCACAGCCAUCUCCUCCCUCACUGCCACCCUCCAUCUCUCUGUACAGGAUAAUCCUUCCCCCACCCCUAAAUACCAUUGCUCAGUAAAAAGAUAUUUCCAAGGGUCUGGAUCUUGAGCAGCCACAUGCUGCGUGCUUGCACAGUGAAGGCACUGCACACACACACACACACACACACACACACACACACACACACACACACACACACACACACACACACACACACGCACACACACGAGAAUAUACCCACUCUUAAACUUGUAGGACACUCAGAUUCACUCAAUAUGCAGAUGACAGCAUUUGCUUUUCACAGAUAAUUACACUCCACCAUCCCCCUUUUUCUCUUCCUCUCCAUGUCUCUUUCCAGCUGCUUAAGAUGCUUGUGUUUGUCAAUAUGGAGACUUUAUGCAUCAUUGACGUUGUUGUUGUUUGUUCUUGGUAAUGUGAGUCAUAAGGAGCAAUAAGCGGGGAAGAGAAGGACUUGCAAUGACUCAUGUGAGCCUCAUUGAGCAGGAAACUAACUUAGAUCUCAUAUGGGACUCCUAAAGGGAGCUGUGAGGACAUUUAGUGGUGCCAGAAGAGGCGGCCUUUUUCAGUUUGAUUGUGUCUCAUUUACAUUACAGGGCCAGGAGUGUGAAUGUGUCCAAAAGUGCUUUUACAGCCCUGAGUUACUGCUUGGAUAACAUGUAAGAACUAUCAAAUUUAGAGUGGAUCUCCAUCUCAUGCUAAAUAAAUUCAAUUUGUUACCCAAGGGGAAAAAAUUGGCCACUCGUUAAAAAAACUUAAUAAAGUCAGUGUUUUCCACUAUCGGAGCAUAUGUAGUAAUGUCACAUCCACAUUUCACAAAUUCAAAUAGAGACACACAGAUUUUUUUUCUCAGUGUGUAGACUGUAAAAUUGGUCAAAGACACACAACCACAUUAAAGUGGAAUCUGUAUUGUAUCAUAUUGUACCGCAUCGUCUCGUAUUGCACAAGAAUCGUACAUAUUGUACAUAUAAUCAGAAGAAAUUAGAAACUCACUGAUACACAGUGUACAAAAACACAAAAAGAAAAUGAGACUAUAUUACAAUUUCUAGGUUAAACAUUCCAGGAAUCAUUUAAAAAGUCUGAAAAUACAGUAUGUGUCUAACCUCCAAGAUGUAUUUAUAAUGCAGCAAACGUAUAGAGGGUGAAUAAGGGACGAGACAUAUUUGACAAGUGAGAAGAAAUGUUUCUCAUUUUGAAUCCAAGCCUGUCUCAUUUCUAAUUCAUCAAGAUUAAAAGUUCAUCCAGUCAAAAAUAUUUCAGGGCAGAAAGGUGAGCUUGUGUUUUAUUUAUGAGCAGCUGAGAGGCUGCUGCAGGGCAUCCCCAUUAGCAGGGUGCGGGGGGUUUGUUAGCGGAGCCACACAAACAAGCAAGGGUUCAAAAGGAGAGUGUCGAAGCAGGGUAAGGAAACAGAGAACAAAGGUGAGGGUGAAAGAGGACAAGGAAAGGUGAGAGGGAGAAAGGGGAGGAAGAGGAAGAGGAGGAAGGUCAUGAGGUGAGGUGGAAGCAAAGUGAGGUGACAGCGGGGGAAUAAACCAGUGAACACAGGAGUCACAAGGGACUCACUCAGCCACUUAACACAAGGCAUGUGUCCUGCUGUGCAACACACACAUCUACGCACACACAUACACGCACACUUGCUCACAACCCUCCUGUCUUUGUCUCUGUGCUCUAUCUCUCACACACACGCAUACACACAAAAUGAGCACACAGUUUUAACUGAGGACCGAAAUGAUGACUGUGGAUGCUGUCAAUGUAGCUUUCUCUCUGAGUCCACACAAGGUAGAGUUCACACGUAAAGAAAUCAUCUGGGUCUGAGGUCUGUAAAUGCAGAAGUUUUUCACAUAUAUACAUGUUUGUUCUUUUCACCGUCAGUUAUUUUUUAUACAAACUAAUAAUAAUAAUAAUAAUAAUAAGCUUAAAGCUCCUGUGAUUAGUUUUUAAUGUUGUCAAAAUAGACAGAAAUUUAUAUUGAAGUCUUUUUUAUGAUAUAUAGAAGCAAACAAGACUGUAAGUUAGAAGAUUGUUUGUUAUUGUUCGUAGGUGUCAGCAAGGCAUCAUAAGAAACAGCAGUUUUAAACUUUAAUACAUUAAAGUCAACAAUAAAUGAUUGACCAUGAGGAUGAGAUUUUUGUCAGACAUUAUAAGUUAAGCAAAGAAUGUUUGUCCAUAGGAGGGGGACAAAAUAGAUGCAAAUUGAAAGUCUCUCACAGGAGCUUUAAUGUGAAUGAGCAGUGCUUUCUCAACAUGCAUGUCAACCUUACUUUCCAGAGGCAAAAAGGCACGGUUUGAGACCUGGCUAACAGCGACAAUGUUUUUAACAGCCUGAAGAUUUCCAAAACUGAUAAUUAGUCUCUUUUACAGGACCUUUAAAGUUUUCAUAUGUGUACUGGAUUGUAUCUAAACCAGUUAGGGCACAUAGACCAUUAAGUGCUUCAUACCUGAGAGUACGAUCCAGGCGGCAGUUACUUCUAUCCUCAAAGGACGAUUGAAAAAGACAUCAGAGGUGCGUUAACUUACUAAACUGAGGUAGAGCUGCAGUACCACAGUGUAUGAUUCACUCUGUCUUUUUUGUUAGUCUGAUUGAAUUGUGUACAAAAGUAUGAUGCAUCACUGCAAGAACAAAAACUUUCAAGCACAAUACUGCACUGUUGCUGGUGUAAACCGCACAAUUUCCUAAAUCCUGCUAAUCUACAGACGAUUUCACAAAACUUGGAUCACAUUGCUCCAUUUGUGAGCAGCUGAAACAGGUCAGAGCUUGAGUGAAACAGGCCUCAGACGCACUUAAGCUGCACAGCUAAUGAAAAACAGAUCAGCUUAGAUCUGAGGGUGGGGAUAAACUGGUGAUCAUCGGAGCUCAGCAGCUGUAAGCCAGACCCCAAAAAUGAACCCUUUUCAGCUUAAAAAUGAAAGACAAAGCUACAUAAGUAAUGUGAACUCAGUGUUUGGUUUACCAAGCUGAUUGGUUAAAGAGUUAUACUGUAAUUAUGGAUUUCACCUGGAGUUUUUCCGACCACACGGACAGUAAUGACUAAGAGGGUGAGGAUUACUGUCUAAAGAUUUGAGACUUUUAAAAGCCAAUUUAAUUGGGUUUAAAAGCUUUCACUCUUUAACCCGCUCUCCUCCGUGCUUUUGAAGCUCUUAUUCACGCAAAACAAAAGCAAGCAGCCACCAAAACUUGACUGAAAACUUUUACACACUCCUCAACAGCUAAACAUCCUCAAUCAACCAGAGAUGGCCAAGGUUGCAACAUUGAUGACCCCAGUGUCACCAAGCGGUACUUUUUUCUAAAUCUCCUGCCUUGAUAUGAGAAAUAGGAUUUACUCAAGUACAGAAAUAAUGUAAGCUCUCAUAACUGCUGCAGGAAAAUGACAGGAUUUUACUGUCAGUUCCAAAAAAUCAAAGAGGAAGGACUUUUUAUUGCACAAUUCAGGGAGAAAUUAGUCAACUAAGGCGCCAAAAUGGAGCAAGUUUAGUGAACCAACAAGUUACACUUCAUUCAACUGUUAAAUUUUGGAUGACACUCAGUAAAAGUGUCAUCACGAGACCCCCUUUAUCAAUCAGGACCUCUGCAAGUAAUGUAAUAUUUUAAAACAGACUUUAACAUCAUCAAAAUAAAAAGGUUUCUGUUCACUGACCUGAGUUUAACAUCAGCACUGACAAAUAACACUGACCCUAAGGAGCUGUAAAAGACUGUGGUAAAGCAGCUGAUCCUCUCCAGAGACACAGGGUCUUUGAAGUGUCAACACAGGGAAAACAUCACCUCAAAGCAAGACAUCUUUUAGUCUGUAAGUCAGUAUGAUCUGAGCUUGGGAGGUCUUUCCCUGCAGGUCCACGCACUUCAGCAUCAGCCUGUUUUAUAACCAAAGCCAAAUCUAAACUGCUGAUGCUCUGGACUGGUUAUAAAAGACCUGAUUUCAUCCACACUGCACCAAAACACCAAGAGACUUAUUCAGCAUUCAGACAUCCAGGAUUCUUCUUGUCCUCUUUCUUGAAAAAUGGGGUGUUAGCGCUCCAUGAGGAGACCCUAAACCUCAUAACAGCAUUAAUUUUCAAUGCACCCCCCAUCUGCUUUAGAUGUAGAUUAAUAUUUUAGCAUCUUACAGCAUCAUAAUCAAAUCAAAGUUCCAUAUUCUGAGCUGCAACCAGCACCGCAAGGACGGGGACUUUGUAAAAUGGCACAUUAGGGUGCAGAGCCGUCUCAGACAUAUGGGAUCAUGAAACAGUUGAGCGGGCACUGUGCACUCAUCGACUGCUGGUUGGACGUGAGAUGAAAAGAAACGCUCAGUAACUACUCUCUUAUAAUUUGCCUGUUAUCAACAUUGCAUCCUCCUCUGCUCACAGGAAACACUUCACAGUUAUGAUUUCCAAAGACAAGGUUUGGAGGUUUAAUCUGGUCCGGAUGCUUUUUAUUUCAAUAAAACCUUCAGUAAUUCCUUUUUAACUUUUUUGAUUUAACUUUUUAAAACAAAAUCUAUCUCUUCAAACAAUAAAGAUUGACAUCAUACAAAAGACACUGUACUUUUUUCAUUCAUUCAUUCGUAUCACUUGAGCUGCAGUAGAUAUGCUCACAGCAUUUUAUAUGUGGAAACUGUAAAAACAUGGCUGUUUGUUCAGGUGCUUGGCUGACACCUUCCCCUUCGCACCCAUUUCAGACGCUAAAAUGAAGACACAACAAUCAUAGAUUUUGUUGCUAAUGGUGUUGUUUGCUUUUAAAUACCAUGAAAAAGCAACAAUAUGAAUGUCAGUCAAUUUCAUAAGGGUCAAAAACUCAAUGCAGGAGCUUUAAAUAAAGCGGUUCAAACAGUUUAUUGUGUGUAUGGGUAAGGAUUUAAGACUUAAUUAAACUGGAUGUUUUUUAAGUGUGCAUCUGCACGUUUUUAACUACUCUUACAGAUGCCAUUUAAGUUUGAUAAAUAUCAUACAAUACCUUAAUAUUGCUUUUUUAUGAAACAACCCUUAAAUGAAAUAUAUCUUUAUAUUUCUAACAAACAUUACUCUCUUUCUGGCUCCACAGGUUGUCCAGUUUAAGAGCUCCCUCCUGAGGCUGCCUGCUGACUGAUAACAAGCACGUCUUUGUUAAUGAUCAGGAGCUUCAUGAGUGUGUGCACAUAACCCCCGCCCCACCUCUGUCCGUGUGUCUGUGUGUGGCAUCAUGCUGUGGACGGUGCUGCUAGCGCUGCUGGUGCUUCUGCUGCUGCAGGCUCAGCUGUCUGUGUGCUUAAGGGAAUUACGCAGCGGGGGCUCCAGCCCUCCUGCCCGUUCCCCUUCGUCGUCCUUCUCUUCCUCUUACAAUGCCACCCAGCAGCGGCUCCCUGGUGCUAUUAUCAUUGGGGUGAGGAAAGGAGGAACCAGGGCUCUGCUGGAGAUGCUCAACCUGCACCCGGGUGUGGAGGUGGCUAAAACUGAGGUAAUAGAAGACACAGAGUCACGUUUUAUCUUAGUUUUCUGGUGUUGAAGAUGAGAAGAAGAACUCUACUUAAAGAUUUUAACUACAUCUCAACUUUUUUCCCCCAGAAUUAAAAUUCAGUAUUUCAGAUCCUUCUCUGUCGUGAUACUCUUUAUUGUGAGACUUUUUUUUUACACUUGCAGUGCCACAACUUCCCAUGGCCAUGCAUGUUCCCCCUGUGGAAUUUCCCCCUGUGGGACUUUUAAAGGAACAUCUUAUGUUCUACUCUUUGUUACCGUGGUAACACUACCCUCUGUCCCUCUAUCAGGUGCACUACUUCAACGUGGAGGAGCACUACCGCCAAGGCCUGGCCUGGUACCGAUCUCAAAUGCCUUUCACCCUCCCUGGUCAGCUCACGGUAGAGAAAACCCCCGGCUACUUUGCGGCUCCACAGGUUCCUGCACGAGUCUGGGAAAUGAACCCCGCUGUCCGCCUGAUGCUCAUCGUCAGGGACCCUGCAGAGCGGCUGGUAUCUGACUAUACACAGGUCCUCCACAACCGCCUGACCCGCCACAAACCUUACCAGCCGCUCGAGGAGCUCUUGCUUUUCAAGGGCCACAUUGACCCUGGGUACAAGGCGCUACAGAGGAGCUUGUACCACCUGCACCUGGCUCGCUGGUUGGAGGUCUUCCCAAGGGAGCAGAUCCAUGUGGUGGAUGGUGAUGCACUCAUUCGGGAUCCCUUCCCUGAGCUGAGAAAAGCUGAGAGGUUUCUAGACCUCCCACCCAGGAUAAGCCCCGACAACUUCUACUACAACACCACAAAGGGUUUCUACUGCCUCCUUUCAUCAGGACAUGACAAGUGCCUUGAUGAGUCCAAAGGCAGGCCGCAUGCCCCGCUCAGCAUCCAGGCCUUUAAGAAGCUCUGUCGGUACUUCAGGAAGCCCAACAAGCUGUUCUUUGAGAUGGUUGGGAGGUCGUUUUCAUGGUGCUGAUAAUGAGGUGACUGUGGAGAUCAGACACUGACAUAUUCAGGGACACUGGGAGAGAAAUAAUCGUUGUUUGUGUGGUUUUCUAGGUAGCAAAGUGGAAGGGUUUUAGUUUAGUCGAAGUCUCUUGUUGUUGAUACUUACUCAGGUUCAGUGAGGCCAACAAAAGCAGCACGUGCGUGUAAAGAUACGUGAAGAAAUCAGUCUGCUUGUGGCCCAUCCAAACCUUAACCAUGAUGCCUCCUUGAAAAGACUCUCUUUACGACAACUGUGCCAUACAUGACUUCAAAGCUGUAAUCAAACCAACUGCUUUUUGAUGCUCAUUUUUGUGGAGUUUGUAAGACGUGCAGACUUUGGAGUGACGUAGAAAUGGCAAGAAGAGAUGAUUCCGCUCGUUAAUUGUUGCACUAUAAACUCUGAUUGCAAAAAAGUCAAUCGACAGUUUCCAAUGUACAGAGCUGUUUUUGUGUCAGCAGACAUGUUUGAGUUUAGGCUUUUGUUAUCUUUUUGGAAGUAAAGCAGAACUCUUUUUAAAUCAGUGUAGCCCUGCAAACAAGAAAAAUAACAUGAAGCCAAGAAUGCAUGCACCUCUCUGCAGAUGCAUGGCAAUCAUUACAAUCUUACCCAUGGGACACUAUUAAUAAAGGCUGCAUCUCAUGCCGUGAAAUGUUAUAGAUAAACUGAGAUGAAAAUAGUGCUAAGACAUCUUAUCAAAUGCUGAAACUGAACCACCUAUCUAAUAAAGUUGGGACAACAGCAUGUUAACCAUCAAGUUGCAAGAAGUUUAGGGAAUUCAAGUCUUGAGUUUUGAGCACAAAACAUUUCCCCAUUCUUGUCCAGUAUGAGAUUCCAGCUGCUCAACAGUUCAGGCUGCCAAGUCAGGACCUUCAAACCUUCAGGGAUGCCAGCUUUUAAACUGUAAGAUGAUGAAAAGCGUGGUGGUCCCUCCCCUCUUUGGAGCGAAGUGUCCAUGAUGUCCAUGAUUUCCAAGAAGAACGUCAAUUAAAUUAAUUCAGUACUUUAAAAAUACUGGGUUAAAAAGUGCUUCAAAAGCACGGUAGUUACCUCUGAGGAACUUAACAUCUCAAAUUCCCAUUUUAGUAGAAGUCAUGUUACUUAUCAAUACAUUACAAAUCAAUCAGUGAGUGGAUGUUCCUCUUGUUCUUUUAUUAGCAUUAUACAAUUUUUGUCAUCCCUAUCCCAACUUUCUAAAAGCGGCAUUUAGAAUGAACAUCUAAUGUGUUUUGAAAAUUUUUCGUUUCUGACAUCAGAUUUGUUGUCUCUGCACCAUUUUCAGUGAAAUAUAAGGAUUCUAUGAUUUGGAAACUUCUAUGAUAUUUGGGUUGUAAAAUAAAAUGCCAAACUUACCACAGCUCUUUAAAAACUGCUUUUUACAGUCUGAGUCAGUUUCAAGACAUCCUCUGUCGCCUGUUAAGUCCAUCAGAGUACGUGUCACCCUACUGGUCCAUGAAGUUCUGACUGACUCUGAGACUGUAUUUUUUAAAUCUCUUUUGUUAGUAGCAUUUUGUUUGUUUUGUUUUUUUUUACUUAAAAUGAUCAUGUAGAGCCGUUGCUAGUUUGUGUUUUUUAAGAUGUCUUCUAAUAAAUGUGUUCGGUACCAAAAUCUCAUGCCUGGUUUUAGUAUAUUAAAACAGACCGGUUUAUAAGGUUUGAAGGGUUUAAAAGUGUCAAGCAUAAAGACACACAGAGUCCCUGACAAGUCUCUCUGAACGCCCCUCUCUCUCCGAGUGAAUAAAGAUGUUCUCUGUCAGCGUCUAUUGGACACGUUCUUUACAUCCUCGAUCAAAGGAGGCCUGCGUUUCCUUUCAUCAUGAAGGUAUUUCUGCGGGGGACUUACCUCCAGUUUCACCACCACACUGUAACUAAUCACACCUGAAAGGCUGCAGAUGUGAGUCCAGACUAUUCAGAGACAGAGCGGAUUUCCCACUUUGAUUCAGAGAAUCUGGAGGGACUAGAUCUAAGUAACAUGUCAUUGCAUCAAAGUUUGAGUCUUGUUUUGAAGAAUAGUUGGUUUAGAUGUACAGUAGGUGAAUAAAAGUUUAAAUCUAAGUACUAACUUCUUGAUCUGUCCUCUUAGUUCCUUUAUAGCAGAGCCUUUACUGAUUUUACCUCAAGAAACCUAUCCCAUUUCACCCUCUUCUGAAAGUCUUGUAGCCCACCAAAUGACUCCUUAUGUCUCCCACAGCACAAGAUAAACCAGACAGAUGGGUUUGAGAUGCCAACUGUGAACCGUCUUUCUCUGAUGUUUUGUUAAGUUAGGCCCAAGACACCUGAGAGAGACUUAACAGCUCACUCUAGUGUCCCAGAACCACCCCCCUCAUUACAAGUGUCCAUCAUCCAUCACGACCACAAGUGGGCUCUCCCAAUGUUACAACCAACCUGGACACACUUAAUGGCUCUAUUAAUCCCAUGACAAAUGAAAGCGUGGUAUCUUCAGCACAGAAGACUGGAUCUCAGUCUUUGGACUGAAUCUCAUCCCUGCUAGAUUAGUAAAUAAUAAAAAUAAUAAUAAUAAAGUGCUGAAAAAUUCUGAGGAGAGUGUAUGUGUUAACUAUGAUGAGUACUUGAGUGUUUCAAAACAGGGUAGAUUCACUACUGUCUGCAGAAACCUGUAGCCGAGUUUCUAAACCGGUCCUCCCGACUGUUUCUCAUUAACUUACACAAACUUACUUUAAAACACUGAGAUAUCCCCUUCAGUUCAGCUUAGAAUUGGUCUGAACUGUUAUAAUAAUAAUAAUAACAAGGAUUUAACUCAGGGCCAGAGUCAGGUUAUGGAGACUCUGCUUGGAUCUUUCUUCAAUGACAAAAUCUCAACUCAGACUUGAGGACUCAAUACUCAACUCGGACCCAACACCAACUUGUUUGCGAUCAAAAGCUUUGAAGCCUGGAGUUUCAGAUUUUAAAAAAUUGGUACGGUUGAUUGACGUCAGUAAGAUUUACAUUAUCCUACUGAAUCAAUGAGCUUAAUAUAUGCUUAACAUUCAUGAAGGUGAAGAUACCUGCGGGAUCAUAGGAGUAAAAAAUUUACUCAUCAAAGUCCCUCUUCUUUAAUAUGAAAUGCACGUGUUUGUGUAAAAGACCAGGAAAACUGUAGCAGAUGCUUCAUAAAUUAAAAAACUGGUCCAAUAUUAUCUCUGGUUAUUUCAGCCUUCAACAUGAACUUGUUUUUAAACAUUUGUAGAUGACAACCUUUGGCACUCUUGUUGUUCAUAUGGUGAGUUUCAGGCACCUCUUGGAGAACAGGAGCUGCAGGCUGACCUCUGUCUGUCACCCUGCUGUGGUCCUCCAGAGAUGACUGUAAAGACACAGAGAUAGAGAUGUAGGAAUAAACAAAUGAGUCUCUUUCUCUCUCUCUGUCUCUCUUUGAAGAUGAGAAGCAGCUGCUUCUUUCAUGUGUUCCCGUUGAGGCUCGCACUCAUGUGGACAAUACAUCUGCCGUCACGUUUGAUCACAGAAACGUUGACUGCAUGUGUCGGCGUUCCUGAGUUUGCAGCAGUUUAAUAACCACCUCAAAGCCUCAGUUGUAUUUCAGAUAUGACACUCUGAUGGAGGAGUAAUCCUCAGGAUUAAAUGCUCUGUUUGAUAGGUGUCAGAUUUCCUGUGAAUCGGGAAACUUGUCUUGAGAUUACCUGUCAGAAACAGAGUGUGAAGGACAGACCUCGUUUUUCAUUAUUUACAAAUUGCACCGCUCGUUUUCACAGUUGUGGUUCUUGUUGGGUUUUUACUCAAACUCUUGCGAUUCUUUUUUAAAAUGUCAGAUGAUUUAAGAUCCACUGAUUCGUCCAGCUUGAAAGACCUUUACAGCUGAAGUACCACAUCACAUCAUAAAAGCCAGAUAAGGACUUUCUUGGAUAAUAUGAAUCAGACCAAAACACCAGAAAAGUGCAAAUGCUGUAAUUAUGUCCAAAAAAAUAGCCGAUCUUUUACAGUAUGAGUUCAUUACUCUUUGUGUGUAAGUCGUGGAGUCAGACUGCUGAUGCUUGUCCUGCAAAAAUGAUCUUCAGCUUUGUUGUCCGGACAGUAUUUCACUAUAAGUGUUAUAUUUUUAUUAUUUCUAUGACGUUAGAGGUCAGGCACAACAAAAUGACUAAACUUUGAUUGUUUCAAAACCUCUCAAUCAAGUCAAUUUAUAGCCAGCAGAGCUAAUGACAUGUUUCAGCAUUUUCGGACUCUUUGAACCCUGAUCUUAUCUCUGAUAUUUGUUAGUUUUUCAAUUCUUUAUGCUGUUUGUGAUUUACUGCAGUCUAACAGAGUGUUAAACUUUAAAGAGGAAAAUGUGAAAUAAAUAAAAGUCUGUGCUGUUUAGGGGACUGUUCACUAUCAUGCGUUCAAUAUAUGCAACUCAUUUCAAUGGCAGUAAACCAAAACCAUUAAAUUUAGUCUGAGUCAGAUUUGAUGGAGCACACAUGUCUCCUGUUAAAUCCUACAAAUGCUCUCAUUAGAGGCUGGUUAUUGCAGGAACCUCAUUUCACAUCAGUCUGACUCAUGGCUGAGGUCCAGCUGUGGGUCUCAGGAUGUUGCUGGUCUUUCUGCCCCUUUCUUUAAGUUCAGAUCUGAUUUGAAUCAUAAUAACAUUGUGCGGGGCUGUGAGCCAUCUCGCAGCCAAAGCCGUGUUUUAUUAUCUCAGUCAGUAUGCUGAGUCAGACACGCACAAACAAGAACUUCAGAAGGAGUUGUGACGGGUUUUUGAUUUUUUUUUUUUUUUUUUGUUAAAUAACAGUUUUCUGUUCCUGUCACCCUCUGUGUUGCUUGGUCUUUUGCAGUCUCGUCACUUGUCUCUUCCAAGUCAUUUACAGCUCAUAUUAUUCUGAGAUUUUCUAACGCUUCAGCGUGGAAACUGAAGAGGAAAUAAUGAGAUGAGGAAGAAGCUGAGGCGUUGAUGGUUUACAAAGUAGAAGAUCUUAGUUUGAUGUUUUGAUGGUUGUAAGAGUUUAAUACAGAAAACGAAAUACUUUUACAAACGUUACAUUAAAUAACACUCAUGAAGAAUAUCAGGAUCAGCUGUCUGUGGUUUUAGAAAUAAGUAUUAAGCCUUAGAUUAUCUCAUAUUCAGACCUUUGUUACACUUUCUUAAAAGGACCACAAAUUCAACUGUGCAAACAUUCAAAGAAAUCAAUGACUGAACCCCCUGUUAUUUAAAAAUAAUUACAUUUCUUCAUAAAACAGCUUCAAGAGCAGCUUUAAAAACUCAGUCACUUAAGCAGGCUCACACAUGGAGCUCACUAGCUUGUCCUCAGUAAUUGAUGUGUAGUAAAUGUUUCCCAACCGUAGACUGUCUAUAGAAUGGACGCCGGCUGCCUCCUGGCUGGGUGAAGCCACUGCAAGAACAGCACCCUCUGGUGACGGGCUGCAGUUUAGGUCAUAAAUCCUGCCUCCUC